AUGACCCCGGAGGAGGCGCUGCUCGCGCUGCGCGCCGUCGCGACCCUCCGCACCGCGCUCCUCGGGCUCGCGCUCUACGCCUUCGCGAGGCUCACCGUUUACGUGUGGCGCCCGCUGUUAGAUCGCGUGUUCGUGUCGACGUCGGUGGUUCGAUUCGUCCCGUACGACGCGAGCGCGAUGGGAUCCGUGACGGUGUGCGUCGACUGCACGCACCGCAAUCUCCCCACGCUGACGCAUCACAAGGACGGCAGCACGCCGAAACACCUGCGCGGGGACACGUCCACCGACACCGUGUUCAACGCGCUGCGCGCGGGAUGGAGGCCGCUCAAGAUCGCCAACGCGGUCACCUGCAACCACUUCGACAUCGACGGACUCAUCUCGGCGUGGGCGCUCAUCGAACCGCUCAAGGCGCUGGAGCACGAGGACGUGCUCCGGGAGACGGCGAGGAUCGGGGACUUCCGCGAGCUUCGCGUCACGCGCGGUAGGGGCGACGGGGGUGCCGAGGGUGCCGAGGGUGCCGAGGGCGCCGACUCCGGCGACGCGUUCGGCAUGUGGUCGGAGACGACGGCGGCGCUGAGGCUGUGCGCGUGGAUCAACUCCGUCGAACGGACGCUCUUCACGCGGCCGUUCGAGGGAAACGAGCACCGCGAGUCCGCGCGCAAGUACGCGCACUUCCUGCCCCUCGUGGCGGACGCGUUAAACGCGGUCGAACCCCGCGCGGGGUCCACUACGGAGGCGGACGACGCCGCCGCGGAGAGGAGCGGGUUGCACUCGGGUGACGAGGAAGUGGCGCGGGUGUUGGACGGGGUGACGCGACUGUACGGGACCGGGUUUGAUGAAGGGGAAUCGCCUGUGCGAGAAGCGUGGGACGACCUCGGCGUGUGCGUGGUGAGGUGCGAGUCCCCGGUGCACUACUACGCGCUCUUCUCGCUCGCGACGGACGCCGACGUCGUCGUCGCCAUCUACUCCGGCGGCCGGUACGAGGUGGAGUGCAGAUACACCGGCUUCGUCGACUACCGGAGCCGCGCCACGUGGCCGAGGUUCAACUUACGCGCGCUCGCGUCUACACUCAACACUCGCGACGCCGCGGUGACGUCACGCGGGUCGCAUCUGCGAUGGGACGUGUCGGGGUACACGGACCCGGGCCCCGUGCUUCGUCUCGACGAUACCAGGCCGGGUGAAAAACUGAGUCGGGCGGAGCGGUACGGGAGCCCGGACGAGCGUCGGAUCCACGUCAGCGCUUUGACGCCCGAGGCGUUUCUGUUAACGGUGCGCGCGUUCUUCGAGCACGCGGCGCGCGGGGCGAGAACGCACCUGGGGGUGUCGGAUAACUCGAAGAUUGCGAAACGCGAUUGGAGCUGGCGGGAGACGCACGAGCUCAACGCGAAAAUCGACUGGGCGGGGUUUAACGAGGGAGUUUGAUUCUUUUCGACACACUCAUCAUAUCAUAUCAUGUCGAGGUUGGCAGUCAACUCGGAUGUCAGCCGAGGUCGAGGCUGGCGACGGUGAGGCAGCCCUGCCCGAGCCCGGGCACGUCCGCUUUCUUCGCGUCCACGGUUGGGUCCGUCUUGAGCGGCGUGACGAACCCCUCGAGCUCCUCCUCCCCUUCGUCCGAACUGCACCAGUCCCCGAUGCACUCGUCCCGCGUCGCCGGCGCCAUCACCAUCCUCGUCGUACGCUCCCCAGCCUCGAACCCCCGUCGUUUGAGCGCGCACGUCAACGCGCUCACGCCCCGCAGCUGCCGACCGGCCGAAUCCGUCGCCAACGAUCCCUCUUCCAAACCCUCGGGAACGUACACCACCAUCCCAUCGCAAGCGUCGUCGUCGUCUCCCUCGUCCCCGCCGCCGCCGCCGCUCGUCGCGAGGUGGUGCGUGGCGAGCGUCAGGUACCGCUCCACGAACUCCCUCGCGCGAAUCGUCGAGUAAGUUCGCCCCGGUCGAACGUCGAGGCCCACCGGGCCUAGGUACAGCUUGCGACCGCGUCUGUGCGCGACGGCGUAUCCCACGCCGUCCUCCACGACGCACAGCUGUGGGACGGUAUCGCGCCACGCCCUCAGCGUGUUCCCGCGGCAGGCGCCGAACACCGCGGCGUCCAUGUCGGUGAUGAGCGCGCCGUCGCCCUCGGACCAGUCCGCGGUGGCGUCGAUGGCGUCCAUUGCGGUGGCGACGUCGCCCGCGUUUU